AAUUCCAUGUGGAGCUGUGUGGAAAAAGUUUAACGUUACAUGCCAGGAGCAGUGCGAGCCAUGGCGAGCUGAGCGGGCACAGUGGGGCAGUGACAGAGAAGACGAUCAUGUCCAGGAGCUGAAUGUUCGCACAGGAACUACUUGACGGAAUGCGGGGGUAUGCGAGUUAGCUGUCCUACUUCAGGGCUGUCAUCAGCUCGUGUGCUCUGGCAGCUUGUUUACUGCCUCAAAAGCUCCACCCCUUGGAUUGAAGGUUGUGUAGGUGACGAGCAGAAAGCUAGAGGAGGAGAUGCAGCGUGUGCUAUAUCCUGCAGCUGUCCAGCUGCGCUUUGUCUGCCUGGAUGUGAACGUGAGGGAGCUGCCCGUUAGUGGGCAAGUCAUACGCAUAAACCAUUUCACUGUACGCUGCUUCAGCUCCUCUGCUAUCGCCAGGGGCAACGAGUUCCCAAAGACAGCCCCUGAGACUAAAACGCCAACAAAGGGGACAGAGCAUGCGACUGAUGUGCCAUCAGGUGCUCCAAAACAGCUUGAUGUUGAUCCCCUGCAGGACAAAUCUAUUGGCCUCUACCAGAGGUUCAAGAAGACGUUUAAGCAGUACGGCAAAGUCAUGGUGCCUGUACAUCUGGUCACCUCUACUGUGUGGUUUGGCGCAUUUUACUACGCUGCAAUGAAAGGGGUGAACUUGGUCCCGUUUCUGGAGUACAUUGGAUUACCUGACAAAGUGGUGGGCAUUCUGCGAGACUCACAGGGUGGAUAUGCACUAACGGCCUACGCCAUGUACAAGCUUGCUACACCAGCCAGGUACACAGUGACUCUGGGUGGCACAUCUCUGUCAGUGCAGUAUCUCCGGAGGCACGGCUACUUCUCCACCCCCCCUCCAGUCAAAGAGUAUCUGCAAGACAAAAUGGAGGAGACCAGGGAGAGACUCUCCGAAAAGAUGGAGGAGACGAAAGAACGGUUUUCUGAGAAAAUGGAAGAAACCAAAGAGCUCCUCUCAGGUCGAAUGGAAGAGACUAAAGAGCGCUUCACUGAGAAAAUGGAGGAGACGAAAGACAAGCUCUCGGACAAACUGCAGGAGACGAAAGACAAAGUGUCUUUCCGGAAGAAAAUGGAAUAAUGGUGGUGCGCUUACAGUGAGCUCUAAGCAGCAGUCAUGCAUUGUGACCAGGCAGCUGCCGGAGAGAUGAGGAAAUAUGCAGGCUAGCAGAAUUGUAGGAAUUUAUAAAUAUUUGCAUACAGUAUAAAUAUUUCAGAAGUCUGCCUCUGAAACGUUGCUCUAACUGGAAAUUUAUUAGAACCUGAGGUCCUGAAUUCUCAUCCACUUAUGACUUUAGUGUCUUCAUAAGACCCAGAUGUACUGAGUAUCAGUAUCUGUCUGGUACACAGACAAGUCUGUUUACACAAUACCUUGAUCCAGUUUAAAAGGGGAGUCAGUCAGAAAAGGGGCCACAUUAACAUUUGGAAUUACUUUGUUUACAUCUUGGCUGUCACAACACAAGUGAGUUGUGUGUCUACACAGUAGAGUGGAAUAAAUAAAUUACUACUGCAUCAGUAGCACAGGGAGGUAGUUUUCAUGCAUCUUUUACUGGAACUUUUUAAACUGUACAAAAAAAAAAAAUCUAAGAAUAUUUGACUUCUCAAACUGAUAUGAAACAUGGCCUAUUGACUUGUUUUGAAUGUAGUAUUAUAAAAGGUGUGGUUGAUAUGAAACUUGAAAUAGCUUUUGUCAUUAGAAAUUAUAAAGGUUUUCAAAUUUAGGCUUGUUUUAGUAGAUUAAAGUGUGAUUGUAUUUCUUUCUGACUGCUCUGUCAAUAUAUCUUACUAUACCUUACUGUUUUUAGCAGUUUUUUUUUGUAAAUUCUGUCAGGAAUGAUUAAAUUAAUUUGAUUAAAGCCAUGCUAAUCUGUCUGUAUAUAUGCUCACUGAGCACUUUAUUAGGAACACUAUACUAAUACUAGGAAGGCCACUGAAGAAAAUUGAACCCAUUGUUAUGUCAUGAAACCAGACUGAGAUGACAUUUUGUGACGUGCUGCAUUAUCAUGCUGGAAGCAGCCGUUAAAAGACCACCUCCACCAGCCUGGACUGUUGACACAAGGCAGGUUGGGUCAAUGAAUUCAUGCUGCAACAAAUCAUCAGUCUACGUAGACUUUACCAUCUGUGUAGGCUACAUUUUUCAGUCUUCAACUGUCCAGUUUCGGUGAGCUUCUGUUUUUGGCUGACAGAAGUGGAACCCGACAUCUGUUGUAGCCCAUCCACCUCAAGGUACAAUGUGUUGUACAUUCUGAGAUGCUUUUCUGCUCAUCGCAGUCAUGCUUUUGUGAGUUAUCAUAGCCUUCCUGUCAGCUUGAACCAGCCUGGUCAUUCUCUGUUGACCUCUUUCAUCAACAAGCUUAAUAACUCUACAGACUGUUGUGCAUUAAAAAUCUGAGAUCACCAGUUACACAAUUACUGAAACCAGCCCAUCUGGCAUCAAGAAUCAUGGCACAGUCAAAACCACUUUUUUUCCUCAUUCUGAUGGUUGAUAUGAACAUUACCCAAAGCUGCUGACCUGUAUCUGCAUGCUUUUAUUCACUUCGCCUCUGCCACACGAUUGGCUGAUUAGAUAAUUGCAUGAAUGAGUAGGUGUACAGGUGUUCCUAAUAAAGUGCUCAGUAAGGGGAGAGAGUUAGCAAUCUGUAGGUGAACAAAAAUGGAGACCUAAUUUGCACUUCCUUUAAAGGGGAUGUCAACUUAAUUUUCAUAAUUUUUGUAAAAUUAAAAAAAAAAAGUAAAGUCACAGUCAAUGACAAAAUCAGAGUGGUUUGAUAUGAAGUGCUGCAUUGUACAGAAACUUACCGAAUCAGAAGUGUUUACAGCAGUGGUCAAGGGAACCAGACACCCAAACAAUUUAAGGCUUCUAAAAGAUACACCACAAAAAGCUAUUACACCACACAAGAAUACCCUGCCUGAUGCUUGAGAGAGAAAAUAUGUAUUUGUAAAAUCCAGAGGGGUACAUGAAGGGCAUUAUAAGGCAAAACAUUCCCCAAAGACAUGUGGUUUUUUCCUCCCUCAUAUUUGCCAUUAUUUUAUCAUUAUCAACAAUACAUAUAAAACUCUGAGACAUGAUGUCAUAUAUUCACAUAUACAUACACACACACACACACACACACGUCAGUAUUUGCAGUCCACUACUAUUAACACUGUAAACAUCUGAGCUGGUAAGUUUAAUAUCAAACCUGAAUGUUUCCAUUUUUAUCUGAAGGACUGAACUAUGAAAUUUUGAAAAAUCAUGGGAUUUCCCCUUGGCAUGUGGACUGUAUUUAUUUGUAAAGACUGCUGAAGGAAUAAAGUACAGUAUUCAUCAUGA